AUGAAAUAUUUAGCAGAUUCAAGCGGCGAAUCGUCGACAUCGCCUGUUCCAUCUGUUCUCCCGUCACCUGGUGGUGGUGUACUAGCUUGCAUUUCUGGCAAUCCAGUUACAGAUAUGGCAGCAAAAGGAACGUUAACCAUUUUUUGUUAUAAAAAUGGACACCAUUAUGCACUUACCUGCUUUCAUGUAGUUUGUGCAAAUGAUACAAUUCGUUUCAAUUCUACAUUUAAUAUCAACAUAAAAAAUAUUCAAGAAAUUCACAAUUCACUUCCAGCUUACGAGUUCCAUGCCCGUGAAGAAAGAUAUUGGUUUACAGAACGCGAGAUCGAGAGCAACAACGAACCCAUCGCAUAUGAAGACGAUUUAAGCCACUACACCCCCCUUGGUGAUUUCCACAAUUAUCGUUUUGAUAAUGAAUGCGACAUUCUGUCUGUAAAAGUCCCAAGAGAUACUGAGAUAAAUUGCGAAAUGGCAGACGUAACUUCUCAAGAUUGGCAGAGUAUAUGGAAUGAGCUUGUUGAUAUAUUUGCUGAAUGGAAUGAAGGUUCUGGGAAUCCAGUAAUCGUGGAGAAAAUCGGAUUUUCGUCGGGCUUGACAAACGGCCAUGUUGUUACACUCAAUUAUAAUAACCCCGACCUAUUAUUCAAGAAUGCAAUCGCUGUUAAGGGUCCAUUUUUUGAAGGAGGCGACUCGGGCUCUCCUGUUUUCUUUCGUGACAAGUGUAAUCAGAAACAGGUUUUUGCUUAUGGUGUUUGCGAAGUGGAUGAGCUUCUCUCACCAGAAGAACUCGAGACAACGAGCUCCGACGAUGAUGAUAGUGAUGAUGUUUGCGAAAUCGAUGACGUUCUCCCACCAGAACAACCCGAGUUGACAAGUUCCACCUCGCGUGAAAACGUAUCACCAGAACAGACGAGCUCCGACGACAACGACAGUGAAACCACAUUCGAUGAGAAGAAUGAAAACAGCGCUCCAAAUGAAAGGGGACCAUACUUUAUCUGUUUCAGAUUAAAUACCGCUUUAGAAAAGCUGGAAUUUGACAGAGCAUGUAUAAGCGAUUGUGGUAGAAACUGA